AGUUCAGUGAUAGAAAGAAAUGAACUAUUCCAAUUUUUUACAAAACUUAGUUUAAAGAUGGCCGCGCAGGCACCGCAACAAUCUACUUCAAGUGAAACACAAGAAGAAGAUGCGUCUGAGUUACAGUUUCCAAAAGAGUUUGAAAAUGCUGAAACAUUACUCAUAUCUGAAGUACAAAUGCUUCUAGAUCACAGGAAGCAGCAAAAUGAAAGUGCUGAAGAGGAACAGGAGCAGUCAGAAGUGUUCAUGAAGACAUUAAACUACUGUGAACGGUUCAGUAAAUUUAAAAACAGAGAAACCAUUGCCGCAGUUAGAAGUUCUUUAAUGCAAAAGAAGUUGCAUAAGUAUGAAUUGGCUGCCUUGGCCAAUCUUUGUCCAGAAACAGCAGAGGAAGCCAAGUGCUUAAUACCAAGCUUGGAAGGUAGAUUUGAAGAUGAGGAACUGCAACAGAUCUUAGAUGACAUCAAAACAAAAAGAAGUUUUCAGUAUUGAAGUGUUCAAGUCUGUGUACAUACUGGGAGGCAGGGUUGAAUGUGUAAACUGUCAAAUGUCCUCAUUGUCCAUUAUGUUUUUUGGAAUAUGUUCUGAAGUCUUAAACAUUGAUGAGAACUACUGUCAAUUUAUAAUGUAAAAAAAAAAACAGCAUUGCUCUUUCAAUAGUGUCAGAAUAGUUAUGUCCCUUUCCUUUUCUGUAGUUAUAAUUUAGGUCUAAAUUUCUUUUCAACUGUUUGCAAGAUUUACUUGCCAAUGCGUUUGUAAGUAGUGUGUGAAUGUUAUCUAGCGUAUCUUUAGUUAUUUCAUUUAAUUACCCAAAUGAUUUUAUUUAUUGAUUUACUUUUUUUUUAUUCAUUCUUUGGUUGAGUCAUUAUUAAGCCUAAAACCAUAUCAAGGUAUUUUUGAGUAUUAAGUGGGGGAUUGUGAAAAGUAGAUUGAUUAAUAAACAGUUUGUUAUUAUUGUUUUAUUUAAAAAUGUAAAAAUGUUUACAGUGUAAUGAACUAUAUUAACAAUAGAACUUGUUGUAUGAAUGUGUACUCUUGUCAAGGAACUGCUUUGCAGCAAUCAUCCUACUCUGUUGGCAAGGAAGUUUUGGUUCUAAAAUGUAUUUAGUUACUGAUUAAUGAAAACUAAAAUUAAGCCUUUUUAUAAAUUUUUUUUUAUUAUCUGGAGUUAAUUAUCGACAAAGUUCUCGUUCUUUGUUGAUGUUUUUUAAACAUGUGUUUUAUAUAGUAUGGCGUGACUUUGAAUAAAUUCUGAUUGAAUUACCGGCAUAUAAAAACUAAUCAUCUCAUGAAUAUGUUUCCUGUUAUUAAGAUGUUAUUUAAUGUUUUUUU